GCGGCACAUUCAAGCCUCAAGGCGAUAGACGAAGACACUCUCCGCUCUACCAGCACAAAAAGAUUACAACUGCAACAACCGCCACUGCAACCUUGUCAGUGUUAUUUUAUCAUUGGAAAGAACCUUAAAGCCUUCGGAAAAAUGAGCCGAAUCUCCAUUGUGGUUUUUGCAACCUUCCUUGCCAUUAUCAGCAUGUCAGAGGGCAUGAGUUUGAGAGGCCUUGGUGUGGAACCUCGCUGCCGUUGCAUCGAGACGGAGAGCCGAAGAAUUGGAAAAUUGAUUGAGAGCGUGGAACUCUUUCCUCCCACCCCCCACUGUGAGGACACAGAAAUUAUUGCAACACUAAAAGGCACAGCUCAGGAGAUCUGCUUGGACACCAAGGCUCCUUGGGUUAAGAAAGUCAUUCAAAAGAUCCUUUCCAACAGAAAACCAUGAAACAAGAACCAGCGUUUGUCUUGACAACAGACAACCUUUUCAUAUGAUCUGCAUCAGCAACCACCACCACUUCAGCACCUCAGACGGAGCCAGCAUUUUAACUACUGAACUUUAUGGAUGCAAACCAGAAAAACAUACCAUAUUGUCAUAUUUAAAUGUGUCAAAGUAUUUAUGAAGGUUGAUCUAUUUAUAUUAUUUAUUUAUUAACGUAUACUGCUUUUAUUUAUUAUAUCGCUGCCCUGUGUUUUAACAGGCUUUAGAUCACAUUUUUGUAUUUUUACUGCAAAUUAACCCUAAUAUUAUUUUUGGUCACAUGUGAAAUAUUUAUUUAUCACUGUUACAUUCAAUGGUCUUCCCCUAAUAAA